GUUGUUUUAAUACAUAUAAUCUAAGUACUUAAUCGGUACUUAAUUGAUUGAGCCAGCCCCGGAACGUAGGAUUUAGGCUAUUGUUUUCAGAGGGGAAAAAGAAAACUGAUGCGCGGGUAGAAACGUGUUUUGGUGGAGUGUCGCGAAAAAAGCGUUUGAUUUUCAAGUUUUGUUGGUGUAACACGAAAGUAAAAGGCGAACGAUUUUCUCUCUUUAACAAAAUAACAAAACAGAAUUAACAAAAUAUGUGUUUAUAAAUCAUAUCUACACAUCGUUACAUAUUUAUGUCAAAGUAGCUCUCGAACAACCCGAGAAGAAAGCAUGAAGAAGAAGCACGCUGCAAAGAGCGCGACGGCGGUUGCUGAUGCCUCUGAGCAGAGGGAUUAUGUUGUUGGCCUGGUAUCAGACAGCCUGACUGCAGAUCAGACAACUCCGGGGACUCUGUCCUCGCUAUUCUCAGUUGCCGCCACAAAGAACACACCGCUCUUCAUUCCAGCACCAAAACCAGAAGCAAAGGCCGGCUCUGUAAAACAGGAAGCAGGUCGUGUGUCAGGCGGCGGAGAAGCGGUGAAACACAAGAAGGAAAAACAAAAAUCAGCAGCUGAAAAGAAGUUGGAGGACAGGGAAGAAGCCUUAAAAAAUGCAGACAACGCCGACGAGGAAAGUCGUCCAAAGAAAGUCAAGCGCAAAGCUCCAGAAGUGGACGACGACGACGGAGAAACGCUAGCAGUGAAAAGGCGUAAAGUUGCCUGGAACAAGGCUGAAGAGAGGAUUAAACUGAAGAGAACCGUAUUUGUUGGCAACCUGCCCGUUAACUGCUCAAAGAAGGAUUUGAAAAACAUCUUUAAAGAUCUGGGAGCAAUCGAGUCGGUGCGAUUCCGCUCAGUCCUUCGGGAAGAUCCAACAAUGUCCCGCAGGCUCGCCGCCAUCCGACGCCAAGUCGACCCCAAAAAAACAAGCAUCAAUGCCUAUGUGGUGUUCAAGGAGGAGGACGGGGCAGUGAGUGCCCUACUAAGGAAUGGAAUGGAGAUCCAGAAAGAUUUUUACAUCCGAGUGGAUCGAGUUUCCCAGCGCAGUUCAUAUAACCAUAAGCAGUCUAUCUUCGUGGGCAACCUUCCAUAUGAUAUAAAGGAACUGCCUCUGCGCCAGCACUUUGAGGAGUGUGGUAAAGUAGAGGCUGUGCGAUUGGUGAGGGACCGAAAUACUGGAGUGGGAAAAGGUUUUGGUUAUAUUCUCUUUGAGAGCGCAGAUGCUGUAAUGUUAGCGCUGAAGCUGAACGGCUCCCAGCUGCUCGAACGGAAGAUCAGGGUGAAACGCUCGGUGAAGAAGGAGAAGGUGAAGAAGGAGAACGAGAAGAGGGGAAGAGGCCCAGCAAGAAGAGGAGCUGAAGGGAAGCAUGGGCGAGAUGCAGCGAGACAGAGGGGACCACAGGCAGCACAUUUUAAAGGACCCAAGCAUGCUGAACGCAGCAAAUUCACAGGAAAGCCCUUCAAGAAGAAUCCUGGGACAGGCAACAAAACAUCAACAUCCUUCAUAGGAACUAUGGCGGAUCCCAUUUCCAAAAAGGGAAAAGAAAUGAGAAAGAAAUUCAAACCUAAGAAAAAGAGUAAACCUGUUCACUUUUAAUUCUUUUCUUGAUAUGUUGUGGAUCAGAGUUAGACCGAAGGGUAACUGCAGAGUCAUCAGCUUUAGCUGUCUUUUAUUUGUUAAAAAAAAAAAAAGACUCCAUUAUAUUAAUGACCUCCAUCAGAGCAAACACAAACACCUUCAAAUGUACUGCAGAGUCAAAUACAUAAUAAAGGAAAAAACACAUGAA